GUUUCGAGAGCGGGAGAGAGACAGACAGAGAGAAGGAAAGAGAGAGCAAGAGCCCAAAGCUGAGCUGAGAACCGUGAUGGAACAGGCGCACGCGUUUUUCUGACGGGCGUCUUCGCACAUGAUGAUGAUGAUGAUGAUGAUCAUGUUGAAUAAAAAAAAACAGCGCAUAUACACACAAUCGUAUGAAAAUUGAGACAAGUGACAAAGUCUGAUUUUUCUACAUAUCAUUAGCUCAUGGCAGUGCAUCGCGCGCAUGGUACGAGUCGGUACCACGUUUAAAAUCAUAACAAAUGAUGUCGCAUUAUUAAGCAUCUACUCUUAUACUAUAAUUUGUAUAAUUUUCACACGUACAAACAGAGAGAUAGAGAACGGAACACCACAUACACACAAAGAAUCGCGCACGGGCAUACACUCAUAUACAUGAAGGCAAAAUGGGGAAAAAAAACCCGAGAAAUAGACACAGAAGUAGAGAGAAAUCGAUCCAAUCCGCAACAACAACAACAACAGUUUUGAGAAAAAAAAACUGUGUUGAGAGUACAAACAAUUUUCAACUUAAUUACAAUGAAGCGCGCGGGGCUCCGCCGCCACAAAUACGACAACACAGAAGAGAAACUAUGAGUAUUUGAAUAAUCGACGCAAUACACUCGGAAUCGCAAUGAAUCUGAAUCUGAUUGAGAAUCUUCGUUCCGCGGUGCACGUGUGUUGGUUGGCUGCUGACAGCCUGAUUUGCUUUACUUUACUUUGCUGUUCCUUCAUUAUAUCGCCAUCUUUCUCUCUUUUCUCUCAAUCUCUCUCUCUCUCUCUAUCUAACGAGAAACUUCAAGCUGUAUUUACAAACACGUACGUCUCCAGCGACACACAUACAACGUACGACCUCAGCCAGUCGGUGUAAUGAGACCAGCAAACGGAAUAGACGGCCGAUCUUUUUUUUAUCGAAUCACACACAAACAAAACUCAUAUAUGUUCCAGAAUAAUAGUGUUCGGUGCGAUGCAUACAUGUGCUGGUAUUUACUGUUUCUUGUAUUGGUUGUUUCUCAAUCUCACUCUACACGCACUUGUCUGUAUUGUCGUAAAUUCGUUCAACAAUUUUUGCUAUUCCAUUCACAAUUUGGCACGUGAGUGUGAGUGCAUUGCUUCGGAUGGACGCCAAAAAGUAACAAACACACAACGAUGAAAAUUUACCGAAAACCCAUUGUGUGUGAAAAAGAAAAACUCCACGGAAACUACACGAAACAGUUUACCGAUGUACGACGGUACGAUCGAUGUUGUUGUUUGGUUCUUUGUUAUUGUGCACACGGCAUACCGAACAUUCAAGAAAGAACACCUAACACUUUACCAAAAAAUCUUGUUUGUAACAGUUGAGCAGCUCUCUCGGCUCUUUCUCCGGGCCGAUGAAAGAAUAAUAAAGAAAAAAUAAAAUAAAGAGCAGUUUCACCCGAAAACAGGUCACAUAACACUUGUUCCCAAAAAAAAUAAAAACUCAUUCGCAAGCGGGCAACUGAAUAAGCCAAACACUUCAAAUGAAGUAGUUUAAUUUGUAACACACAUUGCACUAAUCGAUCCAAAUUCCAAGGUUUGAGAGUGCGCGAGAUUGUGAGAUCGAAUCCGUGUUAAGUGUUUGCCCGAUUGUAGCCGUGUUAGAAAAAUAUAGAUACUGUCAAAUAUGAAAGCAAUUUAUAAUGAUCCCGGCAUAAUAUGCUUUCAGCACUGCAAAAGCAAAGUGUUUUCGAUCAAACUGCUGGCCAAAUGCCCCGAAUGUCAAACGGAAUUGAAUUCGGACGAUGCAUACAAAAUGAUGCCGUUUCGUUUACCGUAUCCAUUCAUAAAACCGCAUCAAUAUCCAUGCUCGAUCAUAUUGCGGCCAACGGUCGGUGACUUUCUCAACGAUUACUUUAAUGCAAUGAACUUGCACAUCGGUCUGACCACAUCGAACGGUACAAUCAUUGAAUUCGAUCAAAGCGGUUUGCACAAGACGCCAAGCAAUCAAAGCGACACGUCACACUGGUCACAAAGUAUUGUCGUUGAAACGGUAUCGGAACCAUGGUACGAGCAUUGGGAUUGGGUGCUGUUGGAAAUGGAAAAAGCCAAAGACACCAAAUGGACCUCAAGCUCAUAUCACGAGGAUUCAUUUAAUUGCUAUACAUUCGUAUUGGAUUUCCUGCAAAAUCUCAACUAUGGUUCACUGAGUGCAGCAGCACAAAAUCGCACCACAUUUUGUGAACGUUACAUCGUUUCGCGCACCACCGCCGCUGGCAAAUACAUAUCAUUGUAUCGUAAAAUUCGUGAUCAUGGAUUCUACAUACACGCAUCAAAUGCGAUUCGAGGAGGAAGUGAUUAAAACGAGUAGCGAAGAAAGUUUAACGCGAUAUACGAAAAAUCCAUCAUCAUCAUCAUCUUUUUCUUCUUUGACUCUCCACUACUACAACUACUACAACUAUACUACUACUGCAACAUUAAAUACAUCUCCUACAAUCCAUUUAUUUUCAUCGGAUUCAAUUCGAUUGUGAAGAGACUUGUUCGAGUGAUAUUAGCUAAUUACACUUUAAUUUAUUUAUUAUUGAUGAUAGAUUUCUCAGUUUAAUUUAUAUCAAACUUCUAUAUUGAAUUAAAUUUAAAUUAAAUCUACCAAAAAGUCGGCAGUUAAACAUGCAAAAUGAUAUUAAAUAAUAGAAAUUUCAAUAAAAACUGUCACAGAAUGAAUGGCAAAAUGAAUGCAUUUCAUUAAAAUAGUUUGCUUUGCUUAGAA